AUGACGGAUUGUACAGAGCAUCAAAUGGCUGAUUCUCUAGUUUGUCCUAUAACAAAAGAAUUGUUCUCAGUUCCAGUACUUGCUGAUGAUGGCUACACAUAUGAAGAAUCUGCGAUUAUUGCGUGGAUUCAAGAAAAUCAUACAAGUCCAAUGACACGACAAAAUUUAUCUGUUGACAGUUUACGUCCCAAUCGUAUUAUUAAAAGUUUAAUCGAAGAAUUCGAAAAUUCAUUACGUUCCGCUGAUUAUCGUUUUAAAUUAGACGUUGACGUACGAAAAGAAGGUCGUGCAAUAUUUCAGGUAAACACUAAAUCUAUAUUUCGUGCUCAUUGGAUAACACGUCGAAAUGCUCCACCAACAAUAUUAUUGAAAAUGAAUGGUGUACGAGCAAAAAGAGAAGCAUCAUUUUGCGUACAGUUGAGCCGUCAUCCACACAUUAUACGAACAUAUGGGAUGAUCGAACCAACGCCUCAAGAUUCGGUUAUGUUACUUCAAGAAUAUGCUCCAGAAGGAAGUCUUCAUGAUCUACUUGAUGAUCAACCAAGAGUUCCAGACGAAAUGAUUUUAAUUGAGAUGUUUUCACAAAUAACAGAUGCAAUGGCUUAUCUUGCAUAUAAUCGUGUAACUCAUGGAGAUCUAGCAUGUAGAAAUAUACUAGUGUUUCGUUUCAACAAAUAUAAACCUGAAGAUAAUCUUGUUAAAUUGACUGAUUUUGGUCUUACUCGACAUAGUUCUAUAUACUUAUCAGUUAAUAAUCAAUCAAUGGUAAAUGAUUGCAUUCCAAUACGUUAUGCAUCACCGGAAUUAAUUCAACAUCAGGAAUGUUCUGAAAAAUCAGACAUUUAUUCGAUGGGUGUAACUAUGUGGGAAGCCUUUUCAAAAGCGAAUAUACCAUGGUCUCACAUUCAGAUGGACCAAGAAAUUUGUCAACGCGUGAUUACGGGUGAAAAAUUGUCAAAACCGAUAAUGUGCAGCGAUGAAACAUGGUCCGUAAUUUUGACUACGAUGACUUUCAAUGCACAUGAACGACCAACAUUUCCUCAAUUGAGACGUUCACUGACGAGACUACAAUAUCAGGUCGAAAAUAUAACCAGAAGCCACAAUGAACUAAUGGACAAAUUUCAACGAGUGCUGCAAGUUGAUAUGAACGAAGUUGUUAUAGGCAUAGCUGUCGAACAAACUCUUAUAAAUUUAAGUGGAUUAAACAUCGAUCAAACAGGUGCAACAUUUCGACGCAAACUAGACACUAAUGUUACAGUAUUUCGUUUGAAAAUGCCUAGUGAUAAUGAUUUAAACAGUUUUAUUCGUUAUUACGGUGAACACUUUAAAUCUUUGAUAAUACAACAUGAAAGAGAACCAACAACAGAAUGGGUAACAAUACAAAUGAGCACAAAUAUAUUAUAUAACCAUAUGGUAUCAAUUAUUUGCAAGUAA